ACUCUACCUUUGCUCUUACUACCAAAUCCCUCUCUUACCUUACAAUGAAGCUUCAAGCUUAUAUCACAUUCCUAGCCUUCUACUCUCUUCUCAUCCCAAUCCUAGUAACGGCAGAUUGCGAAUGCGUGUCCACCACAGAAGAUCGUAACAAAAUCAAGGCCCUACGAUUGAAAUUCAUCACGAUCGCUUCCGUUCUAACGGCGGGGGCCAUCGGCAUAUUUCUCCCUAUCUUAGGGAGGGCCAUCGCUUCUCUUCGAUCAGACAAAGAUGUAUUCUUCGUGAUCAAAGCAUUCGCGGCCGGGGUAAUACUAGCGACGGGCAUGAUACACAUCCUACCAGACGCUUUCACCAAUCUAACAUCACCAUGCCUUAGCAAGAAUCCAUGGGGAAAAUUCCCAUUUGCAGGAUUCGUCGCCAUGUUGUCGGCAAUCGGGACAUUGAUGGUGGAUACAUUCGCGACCGGGUAUUAUAAGAGACGACACUAUGGCAAAACACUGCCCACCGAUAUUGAGAAUGUAGACCAUGAACAAACAACGGAGCACGCGGGCCAUGUUCAUGUGCACACUCAUGCCACACACGGGCAUGCACAUGGCCCAGCGGCAUUCGCGUCCGGGGAUUCAACGUCGACCGAGCUAAUUCGAUAUCGUGUUGUGUCACAGGUGUUGGAGUUGGGCAUUGUGGUUCAUUCCGUAAUCAUUGGAAUAUCUGUGGGUGCUUCUGAAAGCCCUUCUACAAUAAGGCCUCUUCUAGCUGCCUUGAGUUUCCAUCAGUUUUUUGAAGGGAUGGGACUUGGAGGAUGUAUAGUUCAGGCCAAAUUCAAGGGCUCAUCUAUGGCAAUCAUGGCCCUCUUUUUUUCACUUACCACUCCUAUCGGGAUCGCAGUGGGCAUCGGUGUGUCGUCCGUUUACCAUCAAAACAGUCCAACGGCUCUGAUCGUCGAAGGGAUUUUCAAUUCAGCCUCUGCAGGGAUUCUGAUCUACAUGGCGCUGGUAGAUUUGCUGGCUGCUGAUUUCAUGAGCCCCAGGAUGCAGACAAAUGGAAAGCUGCAGUUGUAUUCCAAUGCUGCACUACUUUUAGGGGCUGGAUGUAUGUCACUGAUGGCAAAAUGGGCCUGAAUUCAGCAUCUGAUCCAUCCCCAUUUUGGGUAAGAGUAUUUUGAUUUUGGGCCGUUAGUCCUGAGCUAUUGUACUGUGUGGACCACCUAAGUAAGUCAUAGGGCUAGCUUUUGGAUUGGGUACUCUAUUUGGUGGGCCACAUCUGAUGCACGGUUUUGAUUUUUCAUGCACGUUCCAAGUUGGGAUGGGUGGUAACAUGUAGAGAAAAUGCUGCCGCUACUUUCCGCGAAUUUUCUUUCUGUUUACAGUAUUUACAACGUUGAUCUAAACGGCCCGGCCGUAUCAAACAUGUCGCGAUCUGCAGAGUUAAUAUAGUGGGUCACCAUUUCGACGGCUGUCGGCCAAGAGUAGUAGUAGUUGAACAGUGUCGACCGUUCAUUUGUUGAGAAUUUGAAUGGUUGGAUGUGUAGACAACUUCUGUAAUGGUUGCUUUGCAUGUCACCUGUUGGAUGGCUAUGAUGGUCCACUCCCAUUGACUUUUGAGACAUGGCCUAUAUAAUGAAAUGACGGCCCACCAGAAAACUGUUUUGGGUCACCAAAUACAACUUAUCCUAC